UGCUAGCUAUCACAAAGAAGAAGAUUAUAAGUUACACUCACAAAGAUCGAAAUAACGAAAAAGUAAAGAAACGGAAACUAGCUAGAAAAUAUCAAAUUGUUGUUUUUCACAAUCACUUCAUAUCAACACUUGAAAAUUAAUCAAUAAAAUGUUUACUUGCACAAUACAAAACAUUGGAAAUAAACAAAAUCAAAGCAAAUGCGUCAAACAAAUGCUAUAAACAGCUGUUUCUUCAUAUGACAGUAGCUAUUUUCUGCUAGUAGUAAUUUCACCAACAGAAACUAGCAGUUCUCUCAGCUUUUUACGCUCUCAACUUGUGCGCUCUCCUGCUAGGUCUAGCUAGUUUUUGGGUUAAGAAACAAGGCUUUUCUAGCAGAAACUUUGCUAGCUAGUAAUUUUUAUAGUUAGCAGUUAAGAAACAAACUUAUUAACGCGUAAAUAAACAAUUCGUCAUUCUUAGUAGAAAACUUUUUCCAAUCAGAACGGAAGUGCGUGGUGAUAAAAUAUGUUAAUUUAAUUGUAGUGAUUUUUUGUUUAUAUUUAAUGGUUAAAACCAGUUUGCAAAUGGUUUCUUUGACAAAUAAACGCAAUAAUGAUUAUUUGUUGUUGCAGUAAGUGGUGAAUUUAUGUUAAAUGGUGAAGUGAACUCGUUUUCAUAUAGGGCGCUUCUGCUGAUAAGGUCAGCUGUUCUGGCACAUACAUUUAUAAAACAAAUAAACAAUUAAUAAGUGCUAAAUGCGACGUUGAAAAAAACGAAAAAAAAUUUUUUUUAUUGUUAUUUUUGAUGUAGCGGUGUAAUAAAUACUGUAUAUUUUUCAACUACAUAGCUACGGGAGCUGCUUAGUUGAAACGUAGCUGCGUGUGAGUUCUACUAACAAACAACUUUUCGUAUUGAAUGAAUAACUGCGGCGCCAAGCCAGUAGUGGUAGUCAGUAUUGUUGCGGCAACCAACGUUGUUGGUUCAAAGAUUUUAAUUGGCAGUAAGCUUCAAAGCAGCGCUAUAAAUUGAGUUUUUGUGGAAAUCUAGUGGCCGAAGAAAAAUAAAAGAAGAGGAAAAUGCCGUCCAAUGCAGUAAAUCCAGAUUUGCAACGUGAACGUCAAAAAGCUACUUUUAACACGCAAGAAUUCACCUAUUGGUGGCUAGGUGGCAAGCAGAAGUAUGAGGCGAAAAAGAAACUAGAGAAACUGUUUCUAGACGACCCUGAACUGCAGGAUGAGCUUUCCAUCUCGUAUAUGUCACCUAAAGAACUGUACGAGCACAGCGUACGCAAAGCUGUAAUUAUUGCGAAAAAGCUGCGCGAACUACGUGCUGAUGGUGAGGACGACGUGGACACUUAUACUGCACUUUUUGGCGGCGCACUUGGUUCGGCGCUGAUUAAGGAGGGCAAUCCGAUGAUGCUGCAUUUCGUCAUGUUCGUACCAACGAUAAUGGGUCAAGGUACGGUUGAACAACAAAUCGAGUGGCUGAGUAAAGCUUGGGAUUGCAAUAUACUCGGUACAUAUGCACAGACUGAGCUGGGGCAUGGCACGUUUUUGCGCGGUUUGGAAACGCGUGCCGAAUACGAUGCCACCACACAAGAAUUCGUUUUGAAUACGCCCACAAUUAGCGCCUACAAAUGGUGGCCGGGUGGCAUGGGACACACUGCCAAUCAUGCCAUUGUCGUGGCGCAACUCUAUACCAAAGGCGUGUUUCGCGGGCUGGCGCCAUUCAUAGUACAGCUGCGUGAUUUGGAAACACAUAUGCCUAUGCCGGGCAUAGAUGUUGGCGAUAUUGGGCCCAAAAUCGGCAUGAAGUCCGUCAAUAACGGCUAUUUGGGUCUAAAGAAUGUGCGUGUGCCUUUGAACAAUAUGCUGAUGAAGAAUCAACAAGUUUUAAUCGAUGGUACUUAUGUGGCGCCUAAGAAUAGCGUACUCACUUAUGGCACUAUGAUGUUUGUACGCGUGGCGCUCAUACGCGAUCUAUCGCAAACAUUGGCGAAGGCCUCAACGAUUGCCAUGCGUUAUUCGGCGGUGCGGCGCCAAAGUCCCAUAGAGCCCAACAAGCCCGAGCCACAAAUUAUCGAGCAUACAACGCAACAAUUGAAAGUCUUUCCACAAAUUUCAAAAGCGAUCAUCUUUAAAAUAACCGGCGAGCAUAUAUGGAACAUGUUCAACAAUGUGUCGGGCGAGUUGGAGCAGGGCAACCUGGAUCGCUUGCCGGAAAUGCAUGCGCUGUCAUGUUGCCUGAAAGCCAUCACAAGCGCAGACUCCGCGGCGGCGGUGGAAGUGUGUCGCUUAUCUUGUGGCGGUCAUGGUUAUAUGGAUUGCUCUAAUUUUCCCACAAUAUACGGCAUGACCACGGCUGUUUGCACGUAUGAGGGCGAGAAUACCGUUAUGUUGCUGCAGACCGCGCGCUAUCUGGUCAAAGUGUACGCGCAAGCAUUGAGUGGUGAACCGAUAGUGCCGACGGUGCAAUAUAUUAGCGAUUACAUAAAGAAUAGAGAAUUCGGCGCGUUCGUUGGUACGCUGGAGCAGAUAGUGCACGCUUUUCAAUACGUGGCGGCGAACAAAGUGCGCAUUGCCUACGAACGCAUGGAGAAGCACCGCAAACAAGGUCAUGAGCCCGAAACGGCGGCCAAUUUGGUUGGCAUAGAGCUUACGCAAGCAGCCGAUCUCCAUGGACGCGCUUUUCUCGCGCAAACCGCAUACAGCGAGCUAAAUCAGCUCAUACGCCAAGUUUCACCCGCCUUGGGUGCUGUGUUCCAAACGAUCUUAGAAUUAUAUUUGCUGGAUGCCUGUUUGGGUCGCAUGGGCGAUUUGUUGCGCUUCAUUAACCUAACCGAUGACGAUGUCAGCAAAUUGGAGCUGCGUCUGGCCGAGUGUCUUAAGCGUUUGCGUCCAAAUGCUGUGGCACUUGUUGAUAGUUUCGAUGUGCACGAUCGCGUGUUGGACUCGGCUUUGGGCGCAGCCGAUGGCCGCGUUUACGAACGCAUUUUCGAGUCGGCCAAAAAGAAUCCCAUGAACAAGGAGCCAGUGAAUAAAACAUUUCAACAGUAUUUGAAGCCUUUCAUGAAGGCGAAUUUGUAGUAGUAUGGUUGUACUUGAGUAUUGUAUGCGCAUGCGCAUACGCACGUUUAUGCAUGCUUGUGUUAAAUAUUGUAUUGUAAAUAUUUUAUUCAUACGAAAUGAACGCAAAUAAAUUUUUAAGCUUUAAGUCGAAAA